AUGGCAAGUUUGCCUUGGGCUUCACCAGACCAGCUGAAUUGGUUCAAAACAGCAUUAUUCAAUACUAAUGCAUCCCAACCACAGGAGUACGUCAAAGAUGGCUACCGCAUCGCAACCUCCAAGACGGCCCAGCGAACCAUGGUGCAAACCGUCUUCCUGUUCUCUGGCUCCAUAAUCCUGCUCUGUCUGUCAAGCCUCGCGUACAUAUUGUUUUACCGCAAUUAUCUCCCUGACCAGAUCACAACCAUUCCGCUGCACUUGCAGUACGGUCGUAUGGAGAAGCCAUUCGCGGUCGCUUCCCUUCAUGAUAGAAAUAUCAAGGAUUCUCAGGAAUACGACAUCACCGUGUCCCUAACGGUGCCACAUUCGCCGGCAAAUCUGGAGCGCGGCAACUUCAUGAUCUCGCUGCAUCUCGCAUCACUCUCCAAGUCCGAGAUCCGGCAGUCACAGAUACGACCUGAAGUCUUUCUCGAUUCACCAAAAGUCAUUUACUCGGAGGCACGGCCAGCCCUCCUGCCAUACACCUCCCCAAUAAUAUCGAUAGCGUCGCGGGUGGUCUUCCUGGGGUACUACUUACUGAGCUCGUCCUCUGAGACGACCGUACUGGUUAUCCCACUGGCAGAGAGUGUUGUGUUCGGCAUGGGGAAGGAUUACUUUCCAACGGCGCUUCUCGUACAGAUGGACUCGGGCACCGAAGCGCCGCUGCGUACCUAUGCGGCCAGCGUCACUUUUGCAGCACAGUUGAGCGGUCUGAGGUGGCUCAUGUACCGGCACUGGAUCGCAUCCUUCGUAGUAUUCACGACCCUUUUCUGGGUCUGCUCUGUCCUUUUCAUGCUCAUGGCCUGGCUCGUCAUGGGCAUGUUCUUCACACAUCGGCAGCCUGUCACGGCCGAGCUCACCCCGGCAACCAUCAAGAACGAGCCUCCCGAAGAAGAUGACAAGUACUACGUUGAUGGACCUACCAAGAAGGAAUUCGAAGACGAUGAGAUCAGCAGUCCGGUCUCACCGGGGACGCCAGGAACACAAAUUUCCAAGGGUCCUCCGCCUAGUUAUCGAUCAGGCAGCUCCAAGGCGAACAUGAGCACAGACCUGAGAUCUCCGGAUGCACAGGGCAAAGACGAUUAUGAAAAAAUGCAAGAGCGGUGGAAUAUGGAGCCUGGCGCGGGAGCUUCGGGGUAUGAGGGAGAGGCUGAGAGCGAACACAAGCUUCGCCGAAGGUCUUCUCAGAAGAGCAUCAGAUGA